AUGGCGACACAGGCUGAACUGUCACCGCAGAAGCGCUACGAUCUGAUCACUCGUGGUAUCGAGGAAGUUCUUGGUGGUGGUGAGAUUUUGAAGCUGCUGGAGGAAAACGAACGCCCUGUUCGCUGCUACUGGGGUACAGCUCCAACAGGUCGUCCUCAUGUCGGUUACCUUGUGCCGCUGACGAAACUCGCGGACUUUUUGCGAGCUGGUGUUCAGGUCAAGGUACUCUUUGCUGACAUCCAUGCGUUCCUGGACAACAUGAAGGCACCUAUUGAAUUGGUGAAGCUUCGCUCUGAGUACUACAAGCGUAUCCUGGUUUGCGUAAUGAAGUCCAUUGGUGUGCCAACAGACCGCAUGUCGUUUGUUCUCGGCUCGUCCUAUCAACUGUCGGAAAACUACAAUUUCGAUGCAUACCGCCUAGCCGCUAUGGUGACGGAGCAUGACGCCAAGAAGGCAGGUGCUGAAGUCGUCAAGCAAGUGGCUAGCCCUGUCUUGAGUGGUCUUCUGUACCCUGGCCUUCAAGCCUUGGAUGAGCAAUACCUCGAUGUGGACUUCCAGUUUGGUGGUGUCGACCAACGCAAGAUCUUCACUUAUGCUGAGCACUACUUGCCCAAGCUUGGUUAUGCCAAGCGCAGUCACCUGAUGAACGCUAUGGUGCCUGGCAUGAAUGGCUCCAAGAUGUCUUCGUCAGAUGCCGACUCAAAGAUUGACUUCCUGGACACUCCGCAGGAGGUCAUCAAGAAGAUCAAGGCUGCUUACUGUAUGGAAGGUGAAGUGGAAGGCAAUGGUGUUCUGGCUUUUGUGGGCUCUGUGCUCAUGCCGAUUGCUCGCGUGCGUAAUGAAAUGCCUGAGGGUACCCUGUACGAGGGUCAAUCACGUUCCUUCGUGGACCCUACGGCGCCGGAAGGCACCCUGUUCAGCAUUAUGCGCCCUGAAAAGUUCGGUGGUCCUCUCUUCUACAGCACCUAUGAGGAGCUGGUGAACGAUUUCAAGGAGAAGAAGGUGCACCCGGCGGAUCUGAAACCAGCUGUGGCUGCUGCCCUGAACAUUCUUUUGGAGCCUGUGCAGAAGAUGCUCGCUGAGGAUGAGUCCUUCAGGAAAGUUAAGGCGGAUGCAUACCCUGAAGAUGAGCCCAAGGCGAAGAAGGUGAAGGAAAAGAAGAUGAAUCCCAAGUUUGCUCCGUACUUUACAAAGGAAGAGGGCGGUUCGGCUGCCACUCCCGAAGAGGCUGCUGCGAAUGCCAAGGCAGAUGGCUUCGAAUAUAAGCAGCGUAAGGGCAAGAAGGGGUCUGCUCCUUCGGCUCCCACGGCCGAGAUGGAUAAGCUUUCUGUGCAGCCAUAG